AUGGUUUCGACCAUCUUACUUUCUACCACUGUGGUCGUAAGUGCUUUUGUAUUUUACCAAUAUCGAAUUCUACAGCGACGAAUCGAGGAAGCCAAAAAAUCGCGGUUUAAAUAUGUUAUUUCUCAACUUCCCAGCAAAUGGACUCAAUUUCCGCAGGGAGGAAUAUACUCUGGACAUGCGAUCCCGAAGUUAUCAUGCAGGUGUCUACCCGACGCAACGAUUUUGUUAAGCCAACUGAAAUGCUUGAUAUGCUCAAUGUUUCGGGCCUACCAUCACCAUGCUGAGGGCGAAGAGCAUCGGGUCUUCAACAAAGUCGCUUCACCAUCCUUCAAUGACAAAAACUUUCAGGCGGUUUGGACAGGUGCUAUUGAGCAAACUGAGAUGAUGACGCAAAAGUGGCUCGAUGAUAGCUCUAUUUCCGAUCUCAAUAGCGAUGCCGCAAAGCUCAUUUUGCAUAUCAUCAGCAAGACGGAGGAUGAUGAGAAACCCGGUCCAGGGCAUACUUUGACUUAUGAACGUGCAAUAAGUAACGUUUUCGAGUACAACAGUACUAUAUUUCUAACCCCUCGACCAAUUCUCAAUUAUUGCCCCUUGAAAAUCCACAAAACCGCAAAGGAAGCAUUCAUAGAAUGGGGAAGAUACAUGGAAGAGAUGCGAGACAGCACCGCCAAACAUCUCCAAACUCAAGAUCUAAAAGAAGAAGGGACUCUCCUCGAACACUUUGUGAAAGACGGUACGCCCGGACUCAGCAGUCCUGACCUGUCGAUCCCUGAGGCUGCGAUCCUCAGUAACAUCUUCAUCUUCAUUCUAGCGGGCCACGAAACGAGCGCAAAUAUCUUCACAUACCCUGUGAUUCUUCUCGCAUGUAGGCCUGAAUUUCAAUCAUCUCUGCAAGAAUAA